AUGACGAUGACGAUGAUGAUGACGAUGAUGAUGAUGAUGAUGCAGGCAUUCGUGCAGGCCUGUAGCAGCGAGGCAAGAAUAGAGCCUCUUAUCGUCUCGGAAGGAGUUGUGGACGCGGGUGAAGGUGUCUUGUGGCAAUUAACACGCGGCGGAGACCUCAACAACCGCAGCGGAAACCUCAACAGUCGAAGCGGAGAUUUCAACAGUCCCAGCGGAGACCUCAACAGUCACAGCGGAGACCUCAACAAUCGUAGCGGAGACCUCAACAGUCGCAGCGGAGACCUCAACAGUCGCAGCGGAGACCUCGACAGUCGAAGCGGAGACCUCAACAAUCGUAGCGGAGACCUCAACAGUCGCAGCGGAGACCUCAACAGUCACAGCGGAGACCUCAACAAUCAUCUCAACAGUCGCAGCGGAGACCUCAACAGUCGCAGCGGAGACCUCAACAGUCGAAGUGAAGACCUCAACAGUCGAGGCGGAGAUCUCAACAGUCGCAGCGGAGACCUCGACAGUCACAGCGGAGAUCUCAACAGUCGCAGCGGAGACCUCGACAGUCGAAGCGGAGACCUCGACAGUCGAAGCGGAGACCUCAACAAUCGUAGCGGAGACCUCAACAGUCGCAGCGGAGACCUCAACAGUCACAGCGGAGACCUCAACAAUCGUAGCGGAGACCUCAACAGUCACAGCGGAGACCUCAACAAUCGUAGCGGAGACCUCAACAGUCGCAGCGGAGACCUCGACAGUCGAAGCGGAGACCUCAACAGUCGCAGCGGAGACCUCAACAGUCGAAGCGAAGACCUCAACAGUCGAAGCGAAGACCUCAACAGUCGAGGCGGAGAUCUCAACAGUCGCAGCGGAGACCUCGACAGUCACAGCGGAGAUCUCAACAGUCGCAGCGGAGACCUCAACAGUCGAAGCGAAGACCUCAACAGUCGAAGCGAAGACCUCAACAGUCGAAGCGAAGACCUCAACAGUCGAAGCGAAGACCUCGACAGUCACAGCGGAGAUCUCAACAGUCGCAGCGGAGACCUCAACAGUCGAAGCGAAGACCUCGACAGUCGCAGCGGAGACCUCAACAGUCGAAGCGAAGACCUCAACAGUCGAAGCGAAGACCUCAACAGUCGAAGCGAAGACCUCAACAGUCGAAGCGAAGACCUCGACAGUCACAGCGGAGAUCUCAACAGUCGCAGCGGAGACCUCAACAGUCGAAGCGAAGACCUCAACAGUCGAAGCGAAGACCUCAACAGUCGAAGCGAAGACCUCUACAGUCGAAGCGAAGACCUCGACAGUCACAGCGGAGAUCUCAACAGUCGCAGCGGAGACCUCAACAGUCGAAGCGAAGACCUCAACAGUCGAAGCGAAGACCUCAACAGUCGAAGCGGAGAUCUCAACAGUCGAGGCGGAGAUCUCAACAGUCGCAGCGGAGACCUCAACAGUCGCAGGGAGACCCAAACAGUCGAGGCGGAGACCUCAACAGUCGCAGCGGAGACCUCAACAGUCGCAGGGAGACCCAAACAGUCGCAGCGGAGACCUCGACAGUCGCAGCGGAGACCUCAACAGUCGAAGCGAAGACCUCAACAGUCGAAGCGGAGACCUCAACAGUCGAAGCGAAGACCUCAACAGUCGAAGCGAAGACCUCAACAGUCGAAGCGAAGACCUCAACAGUCGAAGCGAAGACCUCAACAGUCGAAGCGGAGAUCUCAACAGUCGAGGCGGAGAUCUCAACAGUCGCAGCGGAGACCUCAACAGUCGCAGGGAGACCCAAACAGUCGAGGCGGAGACCUCAACAGUCGAAGCGAAGACCUCAACAGUCGAAGCGGAGAUCUCAACAGUCGAGGCGGAGAUCUCAACAGUCGCAGCGGAGACCUCAACAGUCGCAGGGAGACCCAAACAGUCGAAGCGAAGACCUCAACAGUCGAAGCGAAGACCUCAACAGUCGCAGCGGAGACCUCAACAGUCGCAGGGAGACCCAAACAGUCGAAGCGAAGACCUCAACAGUCGAAGCGAAGACCUCAACAGUCGAAGCGGAGAUCUCAACAGUCGAGGCGGAGAUCUCAACAGUCGCAGCGGAGACCUCAACAGUCGCAGGGAGACCCAAACAGUCGAGGCGGAGACCUCAACAGUCGCAGGGAGACCCAAACAGUCGAGGCGGAGACCUCAACAGUCGCAGGGAGACCCAAACAGUCGAGGCGGAGAUCUCAACAGUCGCAGCGGAGAUCUCAACAGUCGAAGCGGAGACCCCAACAGUCGCAGCGGAGACUUCAACCUGUGAAGCGACGCGGAGCACAAAAGGCCGACGAGCCGGCAGCUCCCUAA